AACCUCUCAGGGAGGAGACGGUUUUGGCGUUCUUUACGCGAAUUUGAUUGGAUAGUGGCUGCAGUGGGCUACUUCUAAGAAGCUGCGAACUGCACCAUGACAUCACAGUCACCUGAUCCACUAGUUACAGUUACAACCAAAAACUUGGAGAGGUGCUGCAUUUGGAGAACGUCGUCUUAUUAGCUUUUUAAAGUUUUCCCCUCAACAAAACAAAUCCAUAAAUAAUCAUAAAAAUUGCUCAAGCUGUUUUUCUUCCUUCUUGGAAUACUGCGUCUACGCUUCUUUGUAAGGAUAUAACGAUACAUUCCUAAUGACUUUCGUGGCGCGUGGGGGAGCUUACAUUCUUUGCGCAGCUGAUUAAUUUUUUUUAUUUUUUUGUUUGUUUUGUGAAUGGAAAGCGAAAAAGCGUGUAGCGUGUGACCCUCCGCGCGUUUCAGAUCUGUGCCGCUUAUCCUGCCAGUUGGCGCAGGUGGCAUCGGAUCUGUGUGUGGAUUAUGACUUUGGACACAGAACUAAUGGAAGAGCCCGACAUCGAUGUGGUGGGAGAUGUUAACAAGGACUCUAGAAAGGAAAACUUUCUAACUUCCCCGGCGUCGGGGAAAUCAGGGCACGAAGUAAACGCAUCCUCGUCUCCAAAACUACAGGACGUAGAUAGAAAUGGUAAUAAUACUCCGCAAAAAUGCAGUCCUGCUGCAGGGAAGAGCGCUGCUUCCGUAAAGCCACCCUACUCCUACAUUGCUCUAAUAACAAUGGCCAUUCUCCAGAGCCCGAAGAAGCGCCUCACUCUCAGCGAGAUAUGCGACUUUAUCAGCCACCGCUUCACCUACUAUAGGGAGAAAUUUCCCGCCUGGCAGAAUUCCAUCAGACACAACCUGUCUUUGAACGACUGCUUCAUCAAAAUGCCCCGAGAACCCGGUAACCCAGGGAAGGGAAAUUACUGGACGUUGGACCCCAUGUCGUCUGACAUGUUUGAAAACGGCAGCUUUCUGCGGAGAAGGAAGCGUUUCAAACGGCAACACUUCAGAUUUAGUGCGCUGAAGGAAGCUCCGCUCGAGCCUCGCGGGAUGCCCAGCUUUACCUACGGUGCGUACGGCCUCGGGGCGACGUGCCUACCCCUUCCCGGAUUGGAGUUAUACCACAUGGGCAUUGACUAUCGUUCAGGCUCACCCUGUGCGCCCACCAUCCCACCUGUCAGCAGCAUCCUGCCGGCGCUGUCAACCCUUUUCACCAGGACCCAGCAUGCCGCCGUUAAGGCUUUUCUCCCGUCACAAUCUCCAGGAUACGAUUCCCUCGGUACGACACGCUGCGCCGCCGUGGUCCCCGACUCCUCAUUCUUGUCAACAACGGUGCUCCACCCGCUGGCGUCUCCACAUCUCCUCAGUCUACAGCAGGAGCACCAGAAACUGCAGUCUCUGCAAUUCAACUCCAGUCUGGCCAAUAAAAUCCUUGGCCUACAGCAACUGGGAAACGCCAACAACCAAUAGUGUUGUUGAGCUUCAAGAAUUAAACUUUGGCUCUUUAUUUUGCAUUUCAGGUAACAAGAUUAUUUCCUCAAAUCAAAGACAUUGUACAGACAGCUCCCCACCCCUAUCCACCACAAUUCAUUUUGUUGUCAGUAGUUUAAUUGUACAUCUUUGCUAACCUAAAGCUUUUUUUAUUAUACAUUUUUUUUACCAAAAAUAAAAAUUGAUAAACAUAUUCAUAUUUGAAACGACGAUUUUCU